UUGAAUCUGUCAGGUCAGAGGUCAGGCCGCGCGCCUUCCAUCCAAAUGUUGUUGAGAACGAGCAGUUUGUAACUAGAAGUAACAGAGCGACUCAAUGUGCAAGUUUUCGAAAACAGACAAAUCAAGCUCCAAAAAACAGCAGCUUUUCUAGUUGCUCAUCAGGGAGCUCGCUUAUUGUUUCUUUAUCGGUUAGCCUAGCUAGCCCGGUUAGCCACAUUAGCUGGCUGUAGAAGAAGCUACUUAGCUAGCUCAACCGCUAGGCUAGCUAGCUAGCUUACCGAAAGCGGACAUUUCUUUCUUUCUUUGAGGAGCACGACAAACAACCGCAGACAUGCAGGACCUCCUGGCCACCGUGGAUCACCUGAAGUUUGACCUGGAGCUGGCCGUGCAGCAGCAGCUCGGGGCUCAGCCUCUGCCUUUCCCGGGCAUGGACAAAUCCGGGUCUGCUGUGUGUGAGUUCUUCAUGAGAGCAGCUUGUGUGAAAGGUGGGAUGUGUCCGUUCCGUCACAUCAGCGGAGAGAAGACGGUCGUGUGUAAGCACUGGCUCAGAGGACUGUGUAAGAAAGGAGACCAGUGCGAGUUCCUCCACGAAUACGACAUGACCAAGAUGCCCGAAUGCUACUUCUACUCCAAAUUUGGUGAGUGUAGCAACAAAGAGUGUCCCUUCCUGCACAUCGAUCCACAGUCCAAGAUCAAAGACUGUCCCUGGUACGACAGAGGCUUCUGCAAACACGGUCCUGACUGCAGACACAGACACACGAGAAGAGUGAUCUGUAUGAAUUACCUGGUGGGCUUCUGUCCGGAAGGGAAAUCCUGUACAUUUAUGCACCCUCGUUUUGAGUUGCCGAUGGGAGCUAAUGAACAGCCUCCUCUGACACAGCAAAUUCAGAACCAGUCAAAGCCGGUUCCCACCAUCGGUCGAUCGUCGCUCUCUCUAAUCCAGCUGACCAACUCCAGUCCCAGCAUGCGACCACAGAACCACAUGCCCAUGGCUCCUCCUUCUCAUCAGAACCACAUGGGGGGCAACAGAGGGCCCCGGCCCCUGGACCAGGUCACCUGCUACAAGUGCGGAGAGAAGGGCCACUAUGCCAACAAAUGCACUAAAGGACAUCUGGCUUUCCUGAGUGGACAGUAACCUCCGGAUCACCACCCCCCACAAUGUGAGCAGCAGAAGAGAGGAAGCCACCCCCCCCCCAUAUUCCACACGAGGAACUUAAAGACUUUUACUGCCGCUGUAGUGUGUGUCACUUCAGGAUGAGUUAUACGGACAUUGGCAGAUAAACAUGGCUACCGUUUCUAAUCUUUGUGGAUACAUGAAUCAGAAGGUCACAAUCUGUGUGGCUGUGGUUUUGAAUGACUUGUGUGUCAGUCUUCAGAGUUUUCUACGUUUGUACUGUAAAAUAUUUAAAUAGAAGUGACACCCAGGAUCCAACAGCGCUGUAACGAGCUGCUGUUUCUCCAGUGGAUUUACGCGUCUCCCCUGGGUCAUGUGACCACAACUGUCUUUCUAUUCUGAUACUUGUAGUAAAUCUGUCCGACAGUGUAAAUGCAAUAAAAAAAAAAAAAAAGCCAGUUUAUACCGUUAGCUACAAACUACUGCACUUAGCAUAAAGAUAUCCUGGAAAUAUCUACCAGUUGUGUGUGUGGAGGCCUAGUGUCAUGUCUUGAUACAAAACCUUCAAAUGUAACCCAGGGUUUUUCACAGAGGGUUUCAUGACCAGCUUCAUUGUUCAGUUGACAGUGGAAACUAAAUCUGUAAAAGAUGUACCGAUUAUAUUUGCCUCCACUUGGCUACGUUGUCUGAUGGUUGAGAAUGAGAUACUGGAAACUAAACUCACAACCACACAAGAUAUCCAACAGUACAUUUUAGUAUAGAUUUAUUGGUCACAACAGUCACAUAUUCAACACAGAGAGCCGGGGAACAACAGUUCCUUGAAGUCUGGGAGGAGCUUAAUGGUACUUUCUCAUGCGGUCGUGUUCUGGAAGAAAAGAUGGAGGAGAGAACUUUAGUUUUAAACGAGUUUUUGGGGAUCAUUGGAGAAGUGACAUUUACUCCAAGUAAAAAAGGUAGAACAUCUUAAAAGCAAGGAAAGAUUUCUUACUGAUGUGAUCGAAACUCCACACGUAGCUGAGCACCACGUAGCUAGCCAGCACCAUGGAAAGACCACCGAUGCCUCCCUUCUUCACAUGGAUGUACUUGUUGAGGUAUCUUUGAUAACCUGGAAGUGAAAAACAAACCGCAUGAGGACAGAACAACAUUCACAAUUUCAUGCUCAAACUAUAAAGAUCUUUAUGACCUGAAUAUAAAAACAACAUGCACAGAGUUUAACGUUAAUAAUCAUGGGUGAAAGAGGAAAAGCCAGAGGUGAUUUUCACUUGUAUCAUCCUGAAUGAGCU